AUGAGUAUCGAUAUUGGAGGUAUGAGAAUUAAAUAUAAGGAUAAAAAUGAAACCUUUUUGGAGAAACAUUUGGUGUCUAAGGAACCUUUUGGGCAAUUCAAGGCAUGGUUUGAAGAAGCUUGUUCUAGGAAGGAGAUUCUAGAACCCAAUGCAAUGUGCUUAGCAACUGUGUCUAAAGAAGGUUUUCCAUCUGCAAGAUUUGUGUUAUGUAAGGGAUAUGGAAAGGAUGGCUACAAAUUCUUCAGCAACUAUGGAAGCAGAAAAGCUAAAGAAAUGGAUGAGAACCCUAAUGUGGCAGCAACAUUCUAUUGGGAAGUCUUAAACAGGUCUAUCAGAAUUGAAGGCACUGUGGAGAAACUGGAUGAAGUAGAAUCAACAAAAUAUUUCCACUCACGUCCUGUGCCCAGUCAAAUAGCUGCUUGUGCAAGUUUUCAGAGUACUCCCAUUGAAUCAAGGGAUGUCUUGUGUGAGAGAGAAUCUGUUUUAGAAGCAGAAUAUAUGAUUCCAGAAAAAGAGAUCCCAAAACCAAGCUUUUGGGGAGGAUACAUAAUCCGUCCAAGAGCUGUUGAGUUUUGGCAAGGCCAAAGAGACCGGCUUCAUGAUAGAAUUAAAUUUAGGAAGCCCAAAGAGGGAGAGGUUCCAGAUGGAAAGCUCUUACAUGAAGGAGAAGAUGGCUGGGUCUAUGAAAGAUUAUCUCCUUAG